AUGCGCCACAGCAACACCGGUCCUGUUGCAUCCGUCCGGCAGUUCUGGAAGAACCUUGAGGGACUGAAAGGCAUCAAGGUGUUUCUUAUCGUCGCUUUUCUCGCGCUCUCCUCCCUUGUGUCGCAGUUCACGUCUACGCUCCUUCUGUGGGACGUACGCACCAGAGAAGUGCGUGGAUUCCCCUCGACCAACGAGACAAGAGUGGGAUUUUCUCUGCAGGAUUACGUUGACGCUUUCCCUGCAUCCCUCUCAAAGGAUCACGACCACUGGGCCUCGGCACCGCGUGGUUUCGCACCAGUUGCCGAAUGGGCGGAAAGACCAUCUUCUCUUCCGGACUCCGUAGCGGAUACGGGACCGACCGCUCGGGCACUGCUACCGUUGGAUCUACAGAACUUGCCUGUUGCGAGUUACGAAGGAACUGCCGCCUUGUUUGAUGCUCGGGUUGCGACCCGCGGACUGAACGAGGUGCCGGUACCACAAGAUUGGCAGGAACAAUCAGAGCUUAAUGUCUCGGAACAUGAAAGAGGCACUUGGCUUGAGUACACACCCCGUAACUCGAAUGACUACUCCAUCACUGUUUCAUUAUGCUUCGAUGCCAUGUACCAUUUCCUUCCAUCCGAACGGCUCUACCAUGCUCAAGACUUCCCCAUCAAGGCUCACAAAAAGGAACUGGACAAGUUUAGAGAUCUAAUUCCUACAUGGGACUUCAACCGUGAAAGCACCGACUGGCAUGGUCUAAAAAUGAAUCUCUCAAGCUCGUUCGAUUUGAAGACCAUAACUUCCGAUUUCCUCAACAGCUUGGUAUGGAACCCAAUAGUCGGUCCAGGAGCGCAGAAAGCCUCUUCUACGGAACCACCUUGGAUGGUCUACUUCUGCGAUACCUGCAACCAGACAACUACUUCCCUGGAUCAGGGCUGGACUGCACUUGUAAACGAUGUCCUUCAUGAUACGGACGACCCCGCCCUUGCCUGGCAGGCCCUCACCACUUCCUUGAUGAGCGCAGCCUACCACGAUUGGCUUCACAUCUUCACCCGCUCCGAGCCCGUGUCGACCAGCCUGAUCAUGUCGAGGCAGGUGCCCUCAUUCUCCACAGGAUUUCUCAUCGUCGUGGCGAACCUCCUGCUGCACUUGUUCUUGUUCGCAGCCGCGUUGCUCGUGGCGCCGGAGACGGAGAUGAUAUUGGAAAGAGGCACGAAUGCUAAUGACGAGGACGUGCAACGUUGGAUACGCACUUCUGGGAGGGAGACGGUGAGGUUCGGGGUUCAAAUAGUGCCAGAGAUGGACAGAGUUUGUGUCGCACAGGUAGUUACUGAUGCCGGAGGUCUUGAGGUUCGGGACGAGUAA